CUCUUGCGUCAAGACGGCCGUGCUGAGCGAAUGCAGGCGACUUGCGAGCUGGGAGCGAUUUAAAACGCUUUGGAUUCCCCCGGCCUGGGUGGGGAGAGCGAGCUGGGUGCCCCCUAGAUUCCCCGCCCCCGCACCUCAUGAGCCGACCCUCGGCUCCAUGGAGCCCGGCAAUUAUGCCACCUUGGAUGGAGCCAAGGAUAUCGAAGGCUUGCUGGGAGCGGGAGGGGGGCGGAAUCUGGUCGCCCACUCCCCUCUGACCAGCCACCCAGCGGCGCCUACGCUGAUGCCUGCUGUCAACUAUGCCCCCUUGGAUCUGCCAGGCUCGGCGGAGCCGCCAAAGCAAUGCCACCCAUGCCCUGGGGUGCCCCAGGGGACGUCCCCAGCUCCCGUGCCUUAUGGCUACUUUGGAGGCGGGUACUACUCCUGCCGAGUGUCCCGGAGCUCGCUGAAACCCUGUGCCCAGGCAGCCACCCUGGCCGCGUACCCCGCGGAGACUCCCACGGCCGGGGAAGAGUACCCCAGCCGCCCCACUGAGUUUGCCUUCUAUCCGGGAUAUCCGGGAACCUACCAGCCUAUGGCCAGUUACCUGGACGUGUCUGUGGUGCAGACUCUGGGUGCUCCCGGAGAACCGCGACAUGAUUCCCUGUUGCCUGUGGACAGUUACCAGUCCUGGGCUCUCGCUGGUGGCUGGAACAGCCAGAUGUGUUGCCAGGGAGAACAGAACCCACCAGGUCCCUUUUGGAAGGCAGCAUUUGCAGACUCCAGCGGGCAGCACCCUCCUGACGCCUGCGCCUUUCGUCGCGGCCGCAAGAAACGCAUUCCGUACAGCAAGGGGCAGUUGCGGGAGCUGGAGCGGGAGUAUGCGGCUAACAAGUUCAUCACCAAGGACAAGAGGCGCAAGAUCUCGGCAGCCACCAGCCUCUCGGAGCGCCAGAUUACCAUCUGGUUUCAGAACCGCCGGGUCAAAGAGAAGAAGGUUCUCGCCAAGGUGAAGAACAGCGCUACCCCUUAAGAGAUCUCCUUGCCUGGGUGGGAGGAGCGAAAGUGGGGGUGUCCUGGGGAGACCAGGAACCUGCCAAGCCCAGGCUGGGGCCAAGGACUCUGCUGAGAGGCCCCUAGAGACAACACCCUUCCCAGGCCACUGGCUGCUGGACUGUUCCUCAGGAGCGGCCUGGGCACCCAGUAUGUGCAGGGAGACGGAACCCCAUGUGACAGCCCACUCCACCAGGGUUCCCAAAGAACCUGGCCCAGUCAUAAUCAUUCAUCCUGACGGUGGCAAUAAUCACGAUAACCAGUACUAGCUGCCACGAUCGUUAGCCUCAUAUUUUCUAUCUAGAGCUCUGUAGAGCACUUUAGAAACCGCUUUCAUGAAUUGAGCUGAUUAUGAAUAAAUUUGGAAGGCGA